UCACAAUCUGACAUCUGAAUAUUAUUCCUGACAGUUGUUUAUGAUAAAAUAUAAAGAUUUAUUAUUUUUGUAAAUAAUUAGUUGUUGAUAAAUAGUAGUUAUAAUGGAACCACCGCCGCAGCCGCCGCGACAGGCGGUGCCCAAAGACGGGUAUGGUCCGAGAGGAUGGCCAGAUUCAUACCAUACGGCCCGUGUGUUGGAGUCGACUGCCCGUUACGAGAGAUUUGUUAAGAAACUGCGCACUUUGGAAGAGGAACAGAAACGAGGAGCUAUCAACACCAUGAAAGACUUGAAGGACAAACAGUACAACGACUUCUUUAUUAGAUGCGAUCGAAGGUCGCUAAUAAACAACGUGGCUCGAAGAGUCGAUCUCUGCCUGACAUCGUAUGAAGAAGAUCUCAAGGCCAAGAGAGCGAGACUGACCGCUAUGCUGACAGCGGAGGAAGAGAGAAACAUCCGCAUGUUUGUGGAGCAGGCGCAGGCGGGCACCGAGGCGGUGUGGCAGGAGAAGAAGGCGCGCCUCGCCUACUUGCUCGCCAAGCGCAAGAAGGAACAUGAGGACAAAUACAGAGAUGUGCCGAUAUCAAAGUGCGUGCACGCACACCCGUGCAUAGUGAAGAUGGGUGAGGAGGAGGCCCGGGACAUUCGGCUGUACCAGAUCAAGGAGAACCUCGCCAAGAAGAUGUCGGAGAUCGAGCUUGACAAGAUGUGGCAUGCAGUGGCGCUCAAGGAGUCUGAGGCUUUGUCAGCUCGAAUGGAAAUGGACGCGAUCGAGCGUCUGCGUCGCGAGCACGAGUGUCUCAAGCACAGCGACGAGCAGAUCGCGCGCAAGAAGGAACAGAGGCGCAAGGAACAGGAGCUGCUGAAGGCAGAGGCCAAGAAGUUGAAGGAACUAUACGAGGCGGAUAAGAUGAAGGGAGAUGCUGAUGCAUAUGCGGAACAACAGAAGAGACUCCAAGCGAGCGAGGAACUGAAGGCGUCUUUGCAGGAACAACAGAAACAGCAGGAGAGGCAACAAGCUGAGACCAAGCUCAUCAACGACACGUGGGACUCACUGUCCGGCAUGGGGCUGAUGGACGAGAAGGAAAAAGAGGAGUUGAGGAGGAAGAAGGAGAGAGACUUAGACAAGUGCAACAAGCGUAUAAUGAAGCUGAAACAAGACAGGGCGCGCGCCAUGGAGGCGGACGACGUGUUGUUCAAGGCUGAGGCGAAGAAGAUACAGCAAGGCCUGGACGCGGUGCGCUGCAAGGAGCUACUGCGGGCUAAGAAGAUGAACGAUGAAGCCCGAGCCGGCAUAAAGGAGCAAAUAAAAGAGAACGCGAUAACUCGCUCCCUGGGCAAGGACUCGGACCGCGACAUGGUGGCCUACCAGGAGCAGCUGGGCAGGCAGCUCGAGCAGCUCGUGCAGCACCGCGAGCUCACCGAGGCGCAGGCGCGCAAGCUGUACCAGAAACAGUUGCUGGAUCAGAUCGCGUACAACAAGCUUAUUAAGGACCGCCAACAAGCGGAGGACUUGGACCAGAGGAAGAAAUGCCUGCAGGCAACCGAAGACUACCAAAAUGAAAUCAAAAAGAUUAUGUCUCGACCAUCAUUCAGCGAGGAAGUACAUCCAUUUAUGAGAAAGAUGCGUUCCGGCCUGACGAUGCAAGAGAAAUGUCCAUGCUCGAAGCCCGACUACUGCGCCGUGCCAGUGCUGGGACCCAAACCCAACGACACGACCAACGCUAGUCAAAACCCUAAACCAACUGAAAAUAGUCCUUAAGACACAGGUAAUAAGGCGGUUAGUCCGAUGAAGGGUGCUAAAAACCCUUGAAUUUUAGACAAUGGUGAACCU